UGUUCUAGUGUCUGUAAAAUCCUUACUUUUAUCCAAACUUAUCAGUCACGUUGUCUAAAUUUACAGACUUCUUUUCAUGCAGAAGAUUCACUGGUUAAUUUUGAGUGCAAAGACAGUACUGUUUCGCUCAAUGAAGACACUGAAGAAAACAAUCUAGACACUGUAAGCAACUACAUUGAGUGAUUUGCUGCUGCACAUCAUUACUUGUACAUGGCGAAUCGUACAGUUAAAGAUGCGCAUACAGUUCACGGCACUAAUCCCCAGUAUCUCAUUGAGAAAAUCGUUCGUAGUCGUAUUUAUGAAUCACAAUUCUGGAAGGAGCAUUGCUUCGCUUUAACAGCUGAAUUACUAGUCGAUAAGGCUGUAGAACUGCGUUAUGUCGGUGGAGUGUAUAGUGGAAAUGUUAAACCAACGCCUUUUCUGUGUCUUACACUGAAAAUGCUGCAGAUUCAACCGGAUAAAGAUAUUGUUAUUGAAUUUAUAAAACAGGAACCGUACAAGUAUGCUCGAGCUUUAGGAGCAUUCUACUUGAGACUAGUCGGCGAGUCUGUUGAGAUAUAUAAAUAUCUUGAAACGUUGUAUAACGAUUUUAGACGUUUAAAAUUUCAAGAUAAAAUGGGGAAUUUCAGUUUAAUUUACAUGGAUGAUUUUAUCGAUCAGCUGCUUACAGAGGAACGUGUUUGCGAUGUUAUCCUGCCGCGUUUACAAAAACGCGAAAUUCUUGAAGAACUCAACGGUUUAGAACCUCGGCAGUCACUUUUGAACGAGGAUCUGGAAGAUUUGCAGUAUACAGAAGAAUUAGACAUAGUGAAUAAUUAUGAUGAAAAUAAUAAAUCAAAAAGCAAGCAUAAACGACGAGAUCAUGGGAAAGAUAAAGACCGCCAUAAACGAAGACAUCGUGAGGAAUCUCCUCAUGGUGACCGUAGGGAAAGAGAACGAGAUCAUGUGUCGUCACGUCAUAAAGACCGUGAUGACUAUGAACGUAAACGUGACAGAGAGAAAGGUCGAAGACGAAGUCGUUCUGGAGAGCGUCGAAGUGGUCGAUCCAGACGUGAUGACGAUCGUUCACCAGGUAGAGUUUAG